AUGUCGGGUCUCCAUCGAUCAAGUUCAUCGAAGAACGUUGGAUACUUGCUUCCCUCGAAGGAACUUCUUGACGAUCUUUGCAGUCGAUUUGUUCUGAAUGUCCCUGAAGAAGAUCAACAGUCAUUCGAGAGGAUUUUGUUUCUGGUGGAGAGUGCUUACUGGUACUAUGAAGAUAAUGCUGUAGAAAACGAUCCAACGCUAAAGUCGCUCUCCUUGAAAGAGUUUACUUCGCUCUUAUUCAACAGCUGUGCUGUGCUGAGACCUUACGUUGCUAACAUUGGUGACAUAUUCAAAGACUUCACUUCUUACAAGUGUCGAGUUCCGGUCACUGGGGCAAUCAUCCUGGAUGAGACAUACGAACGGUGCUUGUUGGUAAAGGGAUGGAAAGGAUCAAGCUGGAGCUUUCCCCGCGGGAAGAAGAGUAAGGAUGAAGAAGACCAUGCCUGUGCUGUACGUGAGGUUUUAGAGGAAACUGGGUUUGAUAUGAUAGUUUUUGCACCACUCACGAAGAAGGAAAUCAGUGAAAUCGCAUGGCAUAGGCUUGAUCACCUUCAGCCAGCAAGUAAUGAGGUGAUAACUCAUGGAGUUGCUGGUCUCAAGUUGUACAUGGUGGCACCUUUUCUUGCAUCUUUGAAGUCAUGGAUAUCGAAGCAUCCUCCUCGUGUAGCACGGAGACCUGACAAGCCCCUUAAAGCACUCUGGGUGUAUAAUGCAAGGACUAGUGUUGGAGGGAACGGGACAGCAACAGCAACAGCAACAGCAAUAGCAACAACAACUGCAACUGCAACAACGGAAAGCAACAAUAAAAAGCCUGAAGUCGAGCGUCCUCAGGAAACAGUACCAGGAAGUAGUCUCAGAAGCUUCAAGUUCAACACGUCAGCAAUCCUCCAGGCGAUGGAAUCUGGUUUUUCAGCUUGA